AUGUUUACUCGAUUUGUUGCCCGCAGAUGGUACUCGCCACUUCCUCGAGCAACAAGACAUCGAAUCCUACCCAGACGUGAAGCAAAAGGCUCUAUUGGAGAGAAAAGCUCGAAUUUCUCGAUAAUCAGAAAUGGCGAACCCACUGACACUAUCAUCCAAGCUCAUCACCCGAUUGCCACUACUAUUCUCAAUGAGCCCACGAUAGUCGUGGAGCGACAAAUGGAGAUGAUGAACGUAUUUCUCGGGUUCGAACAAGCUAAUAAAUACGUGAUAUUGGACGCCCUGGGGAAUCGAAUCGGUUACAUGCAAGAACGAGAUUUUGGAAUUGCAAAAGCUGUGAUGAGACAAUUCUACAGACUUCAUCGUCCCUUUGUGGUUGACGUGUUCGAUAACUGGGGUAAUGUGCUGCUGACAAUCAAAAGACCCUUUUCGUGGAUCAAUUCCCACAUCAAAGCCAUCUUACCCGAUGACGUAGCUUUGGAAUCUAGUUCACAGCCUGAAAGUUUUUCUGCGCCGUUUGGCUCUGUUCCAACUCCACAGUCUACAUCUACACUGGGUGAAGCAGGGACUCUGGUUGGAGAAAGUGUUCAAAACUGGCACCUAUGGCGGCGUCGGUACGAGCUAUUCCAACGCGACAGUUACGCUGGGGACUCGUUCAAUCAGUAUGCAGAGAUCGACGCCCCGUUUCUCAGUUUUGAAUUCCCCCUCAUAGAUGAGAAGAACAAAAUCAUGGCCUCGGUGGACAGAAACUGGGUGGGUCUUGGAAGAGAGCUUUUCACAGACACGGGUGUCUACAUUGUGCGAAUGGACUCUUCCCAGAGUUUUCAAGGUGUGUACCCUCCUGAAAAGCUCAGUGAUCAAAUCUUAGACUUCGAUCAGCGGGCGGUGCUUUUAGCCAAUGCAGUUUCCAUUGAUUUUGAUUAUUUUUCCAGACAUUCGCGCCAGGGAGGUGGACUCAUCGGCUUUGGGGAUUACGGGGAGUAA